CCAACUUCCUACGUACAUCAGUCCUCAGUCAAUUUGAUCCCAGGCAUCUAGCGAUCUUCUCUUCACUCUCCCUAAGACGAACACCACCUCGCCGGCUGCCGUUCUCCGCCACCGGAAUGCUCUCCUCUACCCGCCGCGGAGGAGGCUGGGGGGCCCACAACCUCCUCCCCACAACCUCCCCCCCACCCCCCUCCUCCCCAAACCCUAACCCCAAAUCCAAACCCCUCCGCAUCAAAUCCCGAAAACACCCCUCUUCCCUCAAAACCUUCCUCUUCUCCCACUUCCUCACCAUCACCAUCACCCUCUCUCUCCUCUCCAUCCUGUCUCUCCUCAUCCUCCUCCUCCCCCACCCCUCCUCCCACUCUUCCCGCCCCAAACCCCACCGAAGCCCUAGAAAACCCGUCUACCGGAAACCUCCGGCUCUAGCCGACCGCGACGUCGUUUCGGGCGCAGUCGUGGAUAUAACGACGAAAGACUUGUAUGAUAGGAUUGAGUUUAGGGAUGUGGAUGGUGGGCCGUGGAAGCAGGGGUGGAGGGUGGGGUAUAAAGGGAACGAGUGGGAUGAGGAAAAGCUCAAGGUUUUCGUGGUUCCUCACUCGCAUAAUGAUCCGGGGUGGAAGCUCACGGUGGAGGAGUACUAUACUAGGCAGUCGAGGCAUAUUCUUGAUACCAUUGUUGACACGCUUUCUAAGGAUGCCCGCCGUAAGUUUAUAUGGGAAGAGAUGUCCUAUUUGGAGAGAUGGUGGAGGGAUGCCUCAGGAACUAAAAGAGAAUCUUUCAUUAAUUUAGUGAAGAAUGGACAGUUAGAAAUUGUCGGAGGUGGCUGGGUGAUGAAUGAUGAGGCUAAUUCACAUUACUUCGCUAUAAUUGAACAGAUGAUGGAGGGGAACAUGUGGUUGAAUGACACCAUUGGGGUUGUUCCCAAAAAUUCUUGGGCAAUAGAUCCUUUUGGUUACUCACCUACCAUGGCGUAUCUACUACGUCGCAUGGGCUUUGAAAACAUGCUUAUACAGAGGACCCACUAUGAGCUGAAAAAGGAACUGGCUCUGAAUACAAAUUUGGAAUACGUGUGGCGGCAAAGCUGGGACGCGGAGGAAACAACUGAUAUUUUCGUCCACAUGAUGCCCUUUUAUUCUUAUGAUGUUCCACAUACUUGUGGGCCAGAGCCUGCAGUUUGUUGCCAGUUUGAUUUUGCAAGAAUGCGUGGCUUUGUUUAUGAACUCUGCCCUUGGGGAGAACAUCCCGUGGAGACCAAUCAGGAGAAUGUGGCGGAAAGAGCCCUCAAACUGCUAGACCAGUACAAGAAGAAAUCAACACUUUACCGAACAAACACCCUUCUUGUUCCCCUUGGUGAUGAUUUUCGUUACAUCAGUAUAGAUGAAGCGGAAGCACAAUUCAGAAACUACCAAUUGUUAUUCGAUUACAUCAAUUCUAAUCCCAGCUUGAAUGCCGAAGCAAAGUUUGGAACUUUGGACGACUAUUUCCGAACACUUAGGGAGGAGUCUGACAGAAUUAAUUAUUCACGGCCCGGUGAGGUUGGCUCUGGUCAAAUUGGAGGAUUUCCUUCUUUAUCAGGUGACUUCUUUACUUAUGCUGAUAGACAACAGGACUACUGGAGUGGCUACUAUGUAUCUAGGCCAUUCUUCAAGGCUGUGGAUCGUGUUUUAGAACAUACGCUUCGUGCCUCGGAAAUGAUGAUGGCAUUCUUAUUGGGAUACUGCCAGAGAGGAUCCUGUGAAAAAUUGCCCAUUAGUUUUUCCUACAAGUUGACAGCUGCAAGAAGAAACUUGGCUCUUUUUCAACAUCAUGAUGGAGUAACUGGUACUGCUAAGGAUCAUGUGGUUGAGGACUACGGAACAAGGAUGCAUACCGCUUUACAGGAUUUGCAAAUUUUCAUGUCUAAGGCUAUUGAAGUACUUCUCGGAAUCCGCCACGACAAAUCCGAUCAUAUCCCAGCUCAGUUCGAGCCAGCUCAGGUGAGAUCUAAAUACGAUGCCCAACCAGUGCAUAAUGCAAUCAGUGCGAAUGAAGGAACUGCACAAUCAGUUGUUUUAUUUAAUCCUUUGGAGCAAACAAGUGAUGAAGUCGUGAUGGUUACUGUUGAUAGGCCGGAUGUGACUGUUUUGGACUCAAACUGGACUUGCGUAAAAAGCCAAGUAUCUCCUGAAUUGCAGCAUGAUAAAAGCAAGAUUUUUACUGGGAGGCACCGAGUCCAUUGGAAGGCUUCGGUCCAACCCCUAGGGUUGCAAGUGUAUUACAUUGCUAAUGGAUUUGUUGGAUGUGAGAAGGCCAAGCCUGUGAAACUCAGCUAUUUCACGGAGGGAACCAAUUUUUCUUGCCCCACUCCAUAUUCAUGUUCAAAAUUAGAGGGUGACACCAUGGUAAUCCGUAACAGGCAUCAAACUCUCACUUUCAAUGUCAAUCUAGGCUUGCUGCAGAAAAUAAGCCGCGAUGAUGGUUCGCAAAAUGAUGUUGGUGAAGAAAUAGGUAUGUAUUCUAGUUCAGAAAGCGGAGCAUAUCUAUUCAAACCCAAUGGUGAUGCUGAUCCUAUUGCCCAACCUGGUGGGCAGCUGUUGGUAUCCGAGGGUCCUUUGAUGCAGGAAGUUUACUCUUAUCCUAAGACUGCAUGGGAGAAAAGCCCAAUCUCACAUAGUACUCGUAUUUAUCAUGGCGAUAGCUCGGUACAAGAAUUUCUUAUCGAGAAAGAAUACCAUGUUGAGCUACUUGGUAGUGCUUUCAAUGACAGAGAACUAAUAGUCAGGUACAAGACAGACUUUGAUAACAAAAGGGUAUUCUAUUCUGAUUUGAAUGGAUUUCAAAUGAGCCGGAGAGAAACCUAUGACAAGAUUCCUCUACAGGGAAAUUACUACCCGAUGCCUUCACUCGCUUAUAUGCAAGGACCUGAUGGUCAUCGUUUUUCUGUCCAUAGCAGGCAGUCACUUGGCGUGGCAAGCCUUAAAAAUGGAUGGCUAGAGAUCAUGCUUGACCGUCGAUUGGUAAGAGACGAUGGACGUGGUCUUGGGCAAGGAGUGAUGGAUAACCGACCAAUGAACGUAAUUUUCCACAUCCUUGUGGAAUCCAACAUUUCCUCCACUUCAAAUCCUGUUUCAAACCCUCUCCCUCUAAGCCCCUCUCUCCUAUCUAAUCGUGUGGGUGCCCGGUUGAACUAUCCGUUGCACGUUUUCAUCGCCAAGAAACCCCAAGAAGUAUCCGUGCAGCCGCCUCCUAGAUCAUUCUCUCCUUUGGCUUUCUCAUUGCCUUGUGACUUACAUAUUGUGAGUUUUAAGGUUCCUCGUCCGGCUAAGUAUUCUCUGCAGCCCACUGAAGACCCAAGGUUUCUUCUAAUUUUGCAGAGGUGGCAUUGGGAUUCUUCGUAUUGUCGGAAAGGUAGGGCUCAGUGUUCGAGCGUGGGCGAUGAGCCAAUAAGCUUGUUCGACAUGUUUAAGGGGCUUGCAGUCUUGAAUGCAAGAGCUACCUCUUUGAAUCUUCAGCAUGAAGACACAGAGAUGCUUGGGUAUACCGAGCAAGGAGAUGUUGCCCAAGAAGGACACGUGCUAAUCUCUCCCAUGGAAAUACAGGCUUACAAAUUAGAAAUACGGCCGCACCAAUGAUUCCAAGUACUAAUCAUUGUGCUGUUUGCUCAACUGGUGCCGACUAUGCUGGGCUAAUGACGAAGAGGGUGAGUAUGCUGUUUUUUGGAAAAACUUCAGAAUACCAGAUGGGCCAUAUCAUUACCCCUAUACAAUGUACAUAUUUGUGCAAAUUAAUGCUGCUCCUGGCGUUGUGACCAUCUGUGGAAGCGGCGGGACAUUACUGGGUAUCCAAGCUCAUCUAGAUGUUUUUCGCUCGGCAUUUUCUAGUAUGACAGAGCUGCUGUUGUGUCAUCCUAAAAUUCUUGUCAAAUCCGUUUGAAGUUUAUUUGGAAAAUAACAAGAUAUACCUCGCUUACAAUCUGUAAUCAUAGUAUUUGUAUUGUCAUUAUAAAAUUUUGCUCCUGAGGCUGAACUUUUGUACGGAGUAUGUAGUAUCAGAUUUCAAUAUGCAUGGAUAGAUACGCCAUUGUUGCA